AUGCCGACGUUCGAAUCGAAGCCGUUGCAAAAGUCCAACUCGCUGCUCGCAAGGCUGGCGCCACAGGUUCGACGCAGGCCCCUGCUCUUCUUCGGGCUUCCCUUUCUGGCCACUAUUGUCGGUGCCAGCUUCGGCCUAGCGAAUCUGACGCAGACAAGAUACGACUACAAUGCAACCAAGGUGCAAACAAUAUCCAAGGAGGAGGAGCUGCGCAUGAAGAAGGAUCGAAAACGGAUCGACAUUCGCGAAGAGUACUUUAGGCUGCAAGCGAAAGAAGACAAGCUCAACAACUGGGAACCGAAGCGCAUCGAGCGACCCGAUGGUGUCGCAGAAUGGGGUGUGCCGCCGACAAAUGUUCGCUCCAUCCAGAACGAGAGUCUUUCGGGCGCAGCUGCUAAGGAAGAGAAGAGCAAGGGCUUUACCACUAGCACUGUGCCGUCAUCUGCCAAGAAGCCUCAGGUGGUACUUGGUCCGGACGGAAAGCCGUGUCGUGCUUGCAACUCCAAGCUAGCUUUCGCUGCGGCGAUGAAGGGUACCAAGACUAGUCCGCCCAGCGGCGCUUCCAAAGAGGCAUCCAGCUCGAAGCCAGUGUCUGCGACAGGAGCAGCGAUAGGAGCUGCAUCAGCAGCAGCGGUAGCAUCAAACUCGUCCACGUUCAGCGCAUGUCCGCCCGACGGCGAAGAGCUGGGUCGAUCCGCCUGGACACUCUUGCAUUCGGCAGCGGCCUACUUUCCCGAGGAUCCCAGCGCGCAACAGCAGAGCUCGAUGCUUGCACUGUUCCGUGCUCUGCCACACAUCUAUCCCUGCCUCUCUUGCGCUGAGGCGCUCGGCGAAGAAUACGAUCGCGAGGACAAAGAAGGUGGCUGGGAGGAUCGCAGCUUGAACCUCACCGAAGCUGUGCGUUCGGGGCCUUCUCUUCGCAAGUGGCUCUGUGGGAUUCACAACGAAGUCAACUCGCGUCUUGGCAAGCCGAACUUCGCAUGCACUGAGUCCAAGCUGUCCGAAAGGUGGCUCGACGGGCCUGCUGACGGCACUUGCGACUGA